AUGGACUUCGCAACAUCGUACCGAAACUCCGCCGCCGUGAAAGUGUGUGACGUUCGUUUCGUAUGGCUAAUGUUAAUAGCAGCGGUCGCGGAAUGCACCGGAACGGAACGCGCUGCACUGCAACUGCCCAAUUAUUCUAGUGGAUAUUACCCGCAACAUUUCGUUCUGAUCGACCCUUGGGUGUCGCCGUCGUCGAAAAAUACAAAAUCAACUUUUUACAAGAAAAAUAAUGGUAAAUCAGAUGAAUCAAUAGGAGGAAUAAAAGAAGUUGAUGCAGAAAAAUACAAAAGCGGUAAACUCAAGAACGAAGAAAAAUCUACAAAAUACAAAGAAGAAAAGGGAGAUGAUGGCAAAUAUAAUGAUAAAGGAGGCAAUGCUGGAGAGGUACAUACACACGGAGGUAAAAAGAAAGAAGCAUCUUACAAAAAAGGCGACAAGCAAAAAAAAUUUAAAACAAAAAAAGGUUUUCGAGAUAAUUAUCACAAAAAUGAAAAACAUAAAGUUAACGAAUUUUGGGACAAUUAUGAAACAUAUGGUACAUUUAAGAAGUUUGGGAAAAAGGGAGACAAAAAGUUGCUAGGCAAUAAGAAAAGCAAGAAAAAUAAAACCAAAAAAGGAGGCCAAUCAAACAAAGAAACCAGUAACAAAGGUGAAACAAAACAUAAGUCUGGAAAAAAAGGAGAAAUUGGACAUAAAAAGGAAAAGCAUAGUGACACUCACUAUAAUAAUGAGUCUAAAUAUCAUAAAGAAAAAAAAUCUAAAAAACAUCAUAAGAAAAAUACAUAA